AUGCAACACGGGUACGUUUUUCAAAAACGUUUUAUUGCAGCUCGUUACGAUGAAAUUGAUCAAAUAAUAUCGUUUCAACCCAACGCAUUGAGUGCAUUAAGAGCCGAAGCAUUUAUGACUAAACCUGAACAUUUUACUACAAAGACGAAAGAUCCAUUGAAUCAAUUAGAACGUCGAAGAGUACAGAACUUGUUGUUGGACGAUCAAAAUCUUUUGAUUGAUCGAAAAAGUUAG